GACAGGUGGACAGACAGACAGGUAGACAGACAGGUGGACAGACAAGUGGACAGUCUGUGGUGUGUUUGUGUCUCCUGGUCCCGUCACAUUGAACCAGGUCUUGAACCAGGUCUUGUUGGAUGCUCUGUGGCCUCAUUUCUUCUGACUGUCUGUAAUCUCUGUGUCUGCAUAUUUUCUCUGUGCAACAUUCACCAUCAGACUAAAAACAGGAACUAUGAAAACCUCGACCAACACAACUAUGACUUCAGGAGAACGCCCAAGGCGGAGAAGGUGCUGCUGUUCAGCCCGGACACCAACCUGACGGCUCUGCUGCUGGAGGCCAAAGACCUGGAGGCCCGAGUCAUCAUCCUCUCUGCCAGUGAGGAUGAAGCUGCAGCUGUGUAUAAAGCAGCCCGUCAGCUCAACAUGACCGGCUCUGGUUACGUCUGGCUGGUCGGAGAGAGAGAGAUGACCGGCAAAGCUCUGAGUGAAGCUCCAGAUGGCCUGCUGGGCCUCCAGCUGAUUAACGGUAAGAACGAGUCGGCUCACAUCGCGGACGCCGUGGCUGUGGUGGCUCAGUCUCUGCAGGAGCUGUUUGAGAAGGAGAACAUCACGGAGCCUCCGCGGGGCUGCGUGGGGAACACCAACAUCUGGAGGACGGGGCCGCUCUUCAAACGAGUGCUGAUGUCAUCCAAGUACCCCGACGGUUUGACCGGACGAAUCGAGUUUAAUGAUGACGGAGACCGACGCUUCGCCACCUACAGCAUCCUGAAUUACCAGCAGAAGCCAGGUCGCCUCGUCCAGGUCGGAGUCUUCAACGGAUCCCAGGUUGUGAUGAACCCUCAGAGGAAGAUCAUCUGGCCUGGAGGGGAGACAGAGAAACCAGUCGGAUACCAGAUGUCGACUAAACUGAAGAUUGUGACGAUCCAUCAGGAGCCGUUUGUUUACGUGAAGCCGACAAAGACUGAUGGGACGUGUAAAGAAGAGUUCACCGUCAACGGAGUCCUGAUCAAGAAGGUGAUCUGUACCGGACCCAACGGGACCACACCAGGUCAGCCUAUCGUCCCUCAGUGUUGCUAUGGUUUCUGCGUCGACUUGCUCAUCAAGCUAGCGAUGAGCAUGAACUUCACCUACGAGGUUCACCUGGUGGCUGAUGGGAAAUUUGGCACGCAGGAGCGCGUGAACAACAGUAAUAAGAAGGAGUGGAACGGGAUGAUGGGGGAGCUGUUGGGAGGUCUGGCAGACAUGAUCGUUGCUCCUCUCACCAUCAACAACGAGCGCGCUCAGUACAUCGAGUUCUCCAAACCCUUCAAGUACCAGGGCCUCACCAUCCUGGUGAAGAAGGAAAUCCCUCGCAGCACUCUGGACUCAUUCAUGCAGCCGUUCCAGAGCACACUGUGGCUGUUAGUCGGUCUGUCGGUCCACGUGGUGGCAGUGAUGCUUUACCUAUUAGACCGGUUCAGGUAGG